UGAAAAGAUAAACUAGAUAAGGCCUUCGUCUUGUUGGACUUCUACUCAUCACUGCGAAGCGAAUGGUAGCUCCGGCGACGCUUGCCCUCGGCCCAUGCGCCGCGCUUCCGCCGGCGGCGACCGUGGCUGGGAAGGGCUUUGUCUUUCUCCCCGCGGCCGUCGCUGUAGAUUCAGAUCAGUCUGGAUCGAUCCAGACUGAAGAGAAGGAGAAACCUAUGAAAUAUUACUUUGUGGUGGCAAAUGCAAAGUUCAUGCUUGAUGAGGAGGAGCAUUUCAGGGAGCUGUUGUUUGAGAGGCUGAGACUCUUUGGUGAGAGAGACAAAGAACAAGAUUUCUGGCUUGUCAUUGAGCCCAAGUUCUUGGAUAAGUUUCCAAACAUCACCAAGAGAUUGAAUAGGCCUGCUGUUGCGCUCGUCUCCACCAAUGGCCCUUGGAUUACGUAA